AUGGUUUCAAAGAAGCAGACACGGGUAAAGAGCCUUUCAAAUGGCCGUCCACCGACUGUGAAAUCCUCACGGUCCAUGUCCCGGAAAGCCAGCAGAACUCUCAUCAACACGCAUCACCAACUGGAGAAGCAACGACGACAAGCUGCAGCCAAGGGCGACACGUCUACCGAGACGCGUAUUGCUUCUGAGAUUGCCAAGCUAGGCGGUCUCGAUCACUAUCAGAAGGCUAGUCUUCAAGGUCAAAGUCUCGACAGAGGAGGCGACACGUCAAAGGUGCUCCUGGAAUGGCUCCCCGUGACAGAUCUCAAGAAACGCGCUCAACCGUUGCAUAUGCUUGAGGUUGGAUCCCUGAGUACCCGAAAUGCAUGCUCUACAAGUGGUAUCUUUGCCAUGAAGCAUAUCGAUCUCAACAGUCAGGAGCCAGGAAUCACUAAGCAGGAUUUCAUGGAGCGACCCUUACCCAAGGACGAUUCCGAGGUCUUUGACAUAAUCUCACUGAGUCUAGUGCUCAACUUCGUCCCCGAAGCCGAGGGACGUGGCCAGAUGCUUCUUCGAACACUAUCGUUUCUUCGACCUGCAUCUGAUCCCCCAACCAGCUCAGAUGAGCUGUUCCCCUGCCUUUUUGUGGUUCUUCCUCGCAGCUGUGUUGACAACUCACGAUAUUUCACAGAGGCUCGACUCGACGAACUAAUGACUAUGCUUGGUUACGUGUGCACCAAAACUAAGAUGACGCAGAAGCUGGCAUAUUCUCUAUGGAAGAGGACUGGAGCUGCCCCUGCUAAGCGACCAGACUUUACCAAAAAGGAAGUCAACCCAGGACGGACGCGGAACAACUUUGUCAUGACACUCAAGGCCUCGACGAGUCAUUCGAAAUGA